AGUCAGCAAGGAUUAUUGUAGCCUGCGGUGUACAUGUUUAUAGAUUUUGCUGCCUUUUCUCAAAUAUUAAAUUUCCAUGUAGCUUGAUGAUGUUUUGGAAUAUAUCUCAGUGUUACCAAGUGACUGUAUUCUCCUCUCUAAGUGUCUGUGUUAUAUCAGCCAUUCAACAAAGAAUUUUAUUUUAAGCUUACCAUGAUAUUCACAAAAUAAUUAAACAUUGAUGACGGGAAGGUGCGCUGCAACUGACAUAUCAAACAUACCCUUUUGUCAUGUAUCUAUGCAUGUUUUUUUUUAACUAAGACCGGAACCUCGGUGACGAACGUUGUUUGCCGUGCACUGAGGACCUGCUCCCAGGCCACCGGGCGGACCCGAUGCGGCUCCCCUCCUGCUCUGUGUAGGGCCACUGGGUCUCUCCCCGCUUUCCUGCUCCCCUCCCUCCGACCCCAACCCAGUCUUUCUCCUCCCAGUCGGAUUUUCGGGGGCGGCAAGCGGCGGAUCCCAUCCUCUGCGCAGCAGGGCGAUGGAGAGCUGUGCGUGGCCGGUCGCUGCGUGAGAGAGGCGCUCGGUCCCCGCCGGUGGAGAGGGGGCGUCUCGGCAUCGCGGCCAGCCUCCGGACGGGCGGGGGGUAGGUGUCUGCGGGGCGUGUGCCUUCGGCGGCGGCGCCGCAGUCGCUUCUUUCGGCAUCGCAUGUUGGAAGCGCCCGGAGGACUCCGAGAUGACGGAGGGCCGCCGUUGCCAGGUCCACCUCCUCGACGACAGAAAAUUGGAGCUCCUUGUGCAGCCCAAACUGAUGGCGAAGGAGCUCCUGGACCUGGUGGCCUCCCACUUCAACCUGAAGGAGAAGGAGUAUUUCGGAAUAUCGUACACUGAUGAAACGGGACACUUCAGCUGGCUGCAGUUGGACCGUCGAGUUUUGGAGCAUGAGUUCCCCAAGAAAUCUGGGCCCGUGGUUCUUUUCUUCUGCGUCAGGUUUUACAUCGAGAGUAUAUCGUACCUGAAGGAUAAUGCAACUAUUGAACUGUUUUUCCUCAAUGCAAAGUCUUGUAUCUACAAGGAGCUCAUUGAUGUUGACAGUGAAGUGGUCUUUGAACUGGCCUCCUACAUACUUCAGGAGGCCAAAGGUGACUUCACCAGCAAUGAAGCAACGAGGGCUGAUCUGAAGAAGCUUCCGGCUUUGCCAACCCAGGUGCUGAAGGAGCACCCCUCGCUAGCCUACUGUGAGGACCGUGUCAUUGAGCACUACAAGAAGCUCGGGGGUCAGUCCAGGGGCCAGGCCAUCGUCAAUUACAUGAGCAUAGUGGAAUCCCUGCCUACAUAUGGAGUCCAUUACUACGCCGUGAAGGACAAACAGGGCAUCCCCUGGUGGCUGGGCCUGAGCUACAAGGGCAUCUUCCUGUAUGACUACCAGGACAAAGUAAAGCCGCGCAAGGUCUUCCAGUGGAGGCAGUUGGAGAACCUCUACUUCCGAGAGAAGAAGUUUUCCGUGGAAGUCCAUGACCCUCGCAGUAGGGCGUCAGUGAGUCGGCGUACCUUCGGUCACAGUGGCAUCACGGUGCACACGUGGUACGCCUGCCCCGCCCUCAUCAAGUCCAUCUGGGCCAUGGCCAUCAGCCAGCACCAGUUCUACCUGGACAGGAAGCAGAGCAAGUCCAAAAUCCACGUGGCACGGAGCCUGAGUGAGAUUGCCAUUGACCUGACAGAGACAGGCACACUGAAGACCUCCAAGCUGGCCAACAUGGGCAGCAAGGGCAAGAUCAUCAGUGGCAGCAGCGGCAGCCUCCUGUCCUCAGGCUCCCAGGAGUCGGACAGCUCGCAGACGGCCAAGAAGGACAUGCUGGCCGCGCUGAAGGCCAGGCAGGAGGCGCUGGAGGAGACGCUCCGGCAGAGGCUGGAGGAGCUCAGAAGCAUCUGUAUCCGUGAGGCGGAGCUGACAGGGAAGCUACCUAAGGAGUAUCCCCUGGAUCCCGGAGAGGAUCCGCCCACUGUCCGCCGCAAGAUCGGCACAGCCUUCAAGCUGGACGAGCAGAAGAUCUUGCCCAGGGGGGAGGAGGAGGAGCUGGAACGGCUGGAGCGGGAGUUUGCCAUCCAGUCGCAGAUCACAGAGGCGGCACGGAGGCUGGCCAGCGACCCUCAUGUCACCAGCAAGAGGCUGAAGAAGCAGCGUAAAGCAUCCUAUCUGAAUGCCCUGAGGAAGCUGCAGGACAUCGAGAACGCCAUCAACGAGUACCGUGUGCGCUCCGGCAAGAAGCCCACACAGAGGGCCUCGCUCAUCAUGGAGGAAGCUAACAUUGGUUCUGAAGACAGCUCCCUGUCUGAUGCCCUGGUUUUGGAUGACGAUGACCUCCAGGUGACAGGGACCUUCACCCCGACGGCUUCUCCCCAUCGCAGCUUGCCCCCCCGGCCCCCGGGGCAUGGCCGGCCCCCACCCCCGCAGUCCCUGGAUGGCCUGCGACACCCACACUACCAGUGCGGUGACUAUGACAAGUCGCCCAUUAAGCCCAAGAUGUGGAGCGAGUCCUCGCUGGACGAGCCCUACGAGCGUGCCAAGAAGCGCACCUCCCACAUCCACUCCAGCAGCCACAGGAGCUUGCCCAGCACGGGAGGCUGCUCCGAGGUUGGGGGCAGCAGCCCCCUGCAACGCAGCCCCAUUCGGGCCUCUCUCCAGUGGAGCUUGCAGUCCAGCCUGCCCUCCACGCCCAACCUGAGGACCCGGGGCCCUCACUGCGUCCAGUCCACCAGGUCCGUGGACCUCAGCCCUACAAGGCUACACAGUCUGGCUCAGCACUUUCGGAACCGCAGCUCCAGCCUGGAGUCACAGAGUAAACUGUUGGACCCGGAGUCGGGGUGCCCAGACUUCUGUGCGCCGGCAGCACAUGGCAGCAAUGGCUCAGACCUGCCGGACGACUGCUCGUCCUGCACCAGCCACUCCAGCUCCGAGCACUGCUACCCAGCGCCCGGCAGCGCCAACUACUCCACGCUGGCUGAGGACUCGCCCUCCAAGGCCCGGCAGAGGCACCGCUCCGGCGGGCAGCUGGGCUCGGCCAGCUCAGGCAGCAUGCCCAACCUGGCAGCCCAGAACGGCGGUGGCGGAGGCGUGGGCCACCGCGGUGUCUACCUGCACAGCCAGAGCCAGCCUUCGUCACAGUACCGCAUCAAGGAGUACCCGCUGUACGUGGAGGGCGGUGCCACGCCUGUGGUGGUGCGCAGUCUGGAGAGCGACCAGGAAGGCCACUACAGCGUCAAGGCCCAGUUCAAGACCUCUAGCUCGUACACGGCGGGGGGCCUCUACAAGGAGGCAUGGCGUGGUGCCGAGGAGGCUAGCGAUGGUGCCGGGAGCCGCCUCACGCCGUCGCGCUCCCAGAUUGUACGGACACCCUCACUGGGCCGCGAGGGUGGGGCCAGGACUGCUGUGUCGGAUGAGCUGCGCUGCUGGUAUCAGCGCUCCUCCGGCUCGCUGAAGGAGCACGGUUCCCCCCGGCACAGCCGACCGGGCAGCAGGAUGGGCACACUGGGCAGGAGCUCGCCAGCAGCCUCGCCACAUAGCCAGAGGAGUGUCACUCUGUCCAGUGACUCGACCACCACGCCCCCAGCCAGCCCGCAGCACAUGGUCAACUGGCCCGGGGGUCCUUUCAAAGACAGCUGUUACCUGGACGGUCUCCAGUGGUAUGGGCGAGAAGCCAAGCCCAAGUCAGGGACACUGGUGUGAAGCAACCUUCACCCUGGGGCCUCAGCCGGAUGCACUGUCCCCCCCUCCCGUCUGCCCACCUGAUGGCAUGAUGGGUUUAGCCCCUCCUCUGACCCCCCAGCAGCCGCUUUAAGCACAAGCAGGAGUCGUACAUCUGCCCAUCUUGCUCCUGAAAUCUCCACACCCAGGAAUUGCCCCCUGGUGGUCGGUCUGUGCUGCUACAAGAACUGCUUCCUGAUCAGUAAAAACCCUUUUGUUCUGGGUCAACAGACUUUUUGUCCAUUGUCUCUUGUUUGCAAACAAUUCGUCAGUUGCCAGGGGGACCGACCAGAUGCUCUGACUGCGACUGAACAUUUUUUGAAUGACCCCUCUCCCCACCUAUCAUGGAGAUGAAGAUGGACUCAGUCCGUCCCACCACCAAAGAUCCAGGCAGGACUGGAGCAGGGCUGGGCCCCUUCCCACACACUGCCCGUCUUCUGCCGUGUCCACAAUCCCUCCACUCACCUCAAGGCUCUCCUUCCCGUCAGAAGCACAAAUGGAUUCCUGUGCCCUGUGCUUAGCUGUACCCUCAGAAGGUCUGGUCAUCCUGGGAAUCUUCAGCGCCUUCAGUCGUGUCUUUAAUGUUAGUAGAGGCGAACGGGCAGGUGCGUUUUUAUGGUCAUGCAGUAUAUUUCUUGCUGGAGGUGCUCACUAUAUAGGCCUUCUGAUCUGAGCAGGACAAUCUCACCUACUGGGCCCCCAGAGCUGUCAACACUGUGCAGUGACAGCAACUCAGGGACCCUGUAACAUCACACUGCUCAGGGCCCUGGAGGGGGGUUCAGAGCCCUCUUGUGGUGCUGGGCUGCACUGCAUGUAAACUCUUACUCCCCCCUUCUGUUGGAAGUGCAGAGGACCAAGCAGCUUGUCAGUCAACAUGAGCAUCAAUAGUCAGGGAAACUCUAGGUUUAUCUUUAAUAUCAAAGAAGCAAAUCAACAUUUACUGUACAAAUCCAUAUACUUUGAUGUCUGGGUCGUCCAUGUAUCCUCCUUAAAGGGUCAUCAUUCAUAUUCAACAACAAAACCAAAACAUAUCAUCUGAAGGGGUGCUUGAUUAUGGAAGAGCAAGAUGGGGGCUCAACGUUAGCCCCCAGCUGUCCAUCAUAGCCCUGCUCCCUACUUUGUCAUUCUGGGAAACUGCGGGCUGAUUUUUCCCUGACUGGUGGGUGCAUUUCUCAUCUCCUCUGUUUGACCUUUGACCUGGACACCAGAUAUGAGAGGAUAGAAGAAGCCAUAUUUUAAGCAAAAGCAGGGUUUUUGUGGUUUUGUUUUGUAUUACAUCGUGCAUGUGUACAAAGUGCCAUGCCUGCUGUUCUCAUUCAUUCCAAAUGCAGAUGCUCUUCAUUUGUGGGAGCCCACUCCCCGUGCCUGGAGUUUAAGAUGGAUUGGCUGUUCCAGUUCCCUAACUAAGACCAUUUCAGAUAAUUUUCAGGAAAGUGAUCUUUUGCCAGCAGGGGGCGAUGUGCACUCUGUAAUUGCCCCUGGCGCCAUGACAGCAGGUCUGCGCUUGGUCAGUAUGGUAGUAAACACACAGAGGUAUGUUUCCUUGGUGCUACAGCUCACAGCACAUGCUGUAGCCAUUAGUGUGUCAGUUACGUGUAGCCGCACCCCUGUGGUCUUUAUUGGUACAGUCCGGAGGCACCCCUCCCCAGCCCUCUCCAGUGAGACACUCCAUUCCUGCCACUUUCAGGCAAGGACACUAGGAGGCCAAACCUCCUGACUAUUUUUUUUAAACAGUGCCAGGUUUUUGUUUUGAUACAACAAACGCUUUAAAUUCACCAGGCGACCACCUCCCCCAGAUGGAGAAUUUCACAGGCGCUCAUAUGGUUUAGCAGAUGAAGGCCGUCACGUCGAACAGCCAAGAGUGCACGUUGCUUCCCCACCCAGACCUUUAAGGUGGAUGUUGUAGGAUGACAGACUAUGUGGACAUUUAGGGGGGGGGGGGGGAUAUUCACUGUUAAGUUAUUCUUUUUUUAUUAAGAAUUUGUAUAGUCCCUUUACAAUUUUUGCAAACUGUGUUGUUGGUGACUGAUAUGGAUUUUCCAGACGAGACAAUUUGCUUCUUAAGAUAAUGAAAAUAAAUUAUUGCUGAAUGUUCUCUAAA